AUGUCGCUGCAGAUAGCUGUAGCUCAUACGGGCCAGCGGCUCGACGCUGAUCCCGUCGGCUUCAACUCAAUCGAAGCCCUGAAGCACUGGAUUUCGAGUAUUACCCACAUACAACCCGAGUGCCAAAUCCUUCUUACGACUCGAGGCAAACAUGUCAAACUGCAGGCGCUCUUGACGGAGAAAGAGAUAUUCGUCUACAACCGCGAGCUCUCCGCGGGAGCCCAGUCCCCUAUAACUCUGACACCGCUCCCUGAACCAUACACCCCCCAAAACCCCCCCGAUACCCUCUCUAGCCAUACUGAUUUGCGAGCAUGGCAAACUUUAUUCCAAGCUCGCCGCGACUGGGCCUUCGAUAUCCUCGAAAAGUCCCAGUCCAUGUCCAGAAUAGCCUCGAACCACUUCGGGGAGCAGGCAACUAUUGAGAAAGGAACCCAAAUCGCCGUGGGAAACCAUGAUUCACAUAUUCGGGGCCUGGAGCAGAAGCACCAGGCUGCGAAGGACUGGUUUGAGGGAGUGGAGAAGGAGACGGGAGAGAAUCUUAGGAGGCUUGAUGCAGAUUUCAUGCAGUUAUCAUCAAUACCAGCAAAGGUGGAGUUUGUCCAGUUCCUAGCCAAGGAAGUCCGAGCAGCACAAGGAAGUCGAAAGAACUCUCCAAAUCGGACGCUGACACUUCAAGAUUACCUUGACGCGGCAGCCGUCAAACAGGCUACAAGUGUAAGCAAGCGCGUAAGAGAAUCAUUUGGAAAGCGUAUGACGAGCAUGGGGAGUCAACUCGAGAAAAUAGGUGCAGACUACAAUGAACUGCUAACCGCCGUGGGUCAGAGUCAAAGCCGGUCGCUUGUGGAUGAUUCAGAGGAACCAGCACGGUUAUUCAACGAAAUUGACGUUGUUGCAAAGAAGGUGGAGUCUGAUUUUGAGCACGUGAUGGGACUACCUGCGAAUUCAAAAUCAGUUGCCUCUGUCUCGAAAAUGGCUUUGUUGCAUACGCGCAACUUUCUCCCGGCUAUCAAGGAGUAUAGCACUGAAAUGAGCGAUCUUGUCCGAAGGUCUGUGGAGCAGAAGAACUUCGCAGUCAAAAACGCUGUAGAGAGCAUGCGGAGUAUCGCAGGUAUCGAAUCUAUUAUUUCGAACCUGAGUGCGGAGCUGGAAUCCAUCAAUAUUCCCCAGGACGGUGUCGCUGCGUUUGAGCUUAUAUCCCUAGUUGGGAGACUCCCUUACAUCUACGGAACCCUCCUUGUCGAAGCAAUACGAAGACGCGAGUGGAUGGAGAAGAUGAAGAAGGAUACAUCAUCACUUGCAGAGGAAAUGGCUGGCUAUCAAGAAGAGGAGGAACGACGAAGAAAAAAAUGGUUAAAGCCAAUCGCAGACGUCAUCAACAUUGAAGCCGUUCAGGGGAGCAUGCUCGGAUUCGAGAUGAAUGUGCAGUCUGACAAAAGCCUGUGGCCGGCCGUCAAUCGAGAAGAUCUAGAGGAGUAUUUGAAAGUUCUACAACGUCUUGAAGGACAAGAGUCCGAGUCAGAGUCUCUCCGUCAAGCCAUUAAGGAUUUGGAUCGACCAAGCAAACAGCAAAUAAAGCGUGCCAAGAACUUCAAGAUGGGUAGCGUUCAUGAGCCUGCUUUUGGCAAAGGUUCCCAGCUUCUGUUACGUGGCGACGACGAGCUACGAGUUUUGAGAGAAGCGAAUUCAAAGUUGGAAGAUGAGCUAAAGGGUUCUAAGAGCCGGGUUCGCAGGCUCGAAGAUCUGCUUCACCGUCAAUCUCAUGUUUCCAGGCUAUCCAUUGGGAGUGGAUUUCCUUCGAUGGGUCCUCAAAGCCCAGCAGACCCGUCGACACCUACUAUUGAAGCGCCGUCUCCUCGACUGCAGGACGAAUUAUCUCGACGAUCUUCAGUCUCCUCACGGAGGUUCUCAACAAACCAAGGACAGGACGACAAACGCCGCAUAGUGCGACUUGAGCACGAGCUUAAUACUGAAAAGGAAGCGCGUGCUACCCUGGAAAGGGAAACCCAGUCCAGAAAAGAGGAAUAUGCGGGGCUCAGACGCCAAGUUGAGGAAGCUGUUUCGACCAAGGAAAAUAUUAUGGAAAAUAUGAAGGCCCAACAGAAAGAGUUUGCUGAUGAGCGAAGAUCGCUAGAAGAAGAGAUCCACGCAUACAAAAGCAAAAUUGAGGAGGCCGAAGAUGAACUCGACCGCAUCCUUGGGAGUCGCGACAAUGAACGGAGCGGCGUGGAAUCGAAGAUACAAAGCCUCAUCGGGGAGCUUGAACAGGUUCGCAAAGACGCUGCGGAGAAGGCUAGGAACGCCGACAAACAUAUUGUCAGCUUGCAAGCUGAACUCGAUGAACAAAAAAAGGCCGAAAGGCAAUAUCACGAGUCACUUGCUGUCACCUUUAUUCGAUUGUCUCCAGAAGAUACCGUGCCCGAGGAUCAUUCUACGCUCAUUUCGCAACUUGAGAAUCUUGCAUUGCGAUCUUUCAAUCAUCAACAAGAACUCCAACAGGCAGUUGCCAUGGCUCAGUCCGAAAACGACACGACCCGCGCCAGAGCGCUUGAAACAGAGACAGAGCUUAAGUCGAAACUCAGCAAGGAGGAAGCUGAGGUGUCUUCUUUGCGGGAACAACUGGGCGUCGAAAAGGCAAAGGCUGCUUCAAUCGCGGAAGAGCUUGAGGAGGAGCGCAGCCAUCUCCAUGACCUACGAAGCAAAUUCGCGGAAGGCGAAACGGGUUCAGAAGCUCUCAGGAAACGGGCGGAAGAGGAAGAAGCAAAGGUGGGGCGGCUGCAAAUAGAGCUUGCUGAGUCGAAGUCGCAUGCGAUCAGUCUCGACAUCGAGCUGACACAUCUGCAAAAGAAAAUCGCGAAGCAUGAGGAGUUUGACUCCUCACGAUCCCAUCAGCGCUCACUCCGCGCAAAGGAGCUUAGCCAGCGGCUGUACGCUCAGCAUGAUCGCCUAAUUCGUCUGCUGGAAACUCUUGGGCUCUUCAUUACUUAUGAGGAAGGUGCAAUGGUCAUUCAACGCGCCUCGAAAGUGAGUAGCAGCACUAUCAUGAACGACCCUAACGGCCUCGGCCGCAGUGUCAUCACACCUUCGCCCACACCCCUCAAGCGCCAUCUCGAAGACUUUUCCGAUCUCUCGUUCCUCCAAUGGUCUGAAUCUACGAAGUCCGAAGAGGAGGACCAAAGGUAUCACGAACUUGUCGACACACUCAACCGCUUCAACAUCGAGACGUUUAGCGAAGCCGUCUCGAAACGAUUGCGAGACAUGGAGCAUACGGCUAGGAAAUGGCAAAAAGAAGCGCGCGCAUAUCGGGACAAGGCUCAUCGAUUCCAGGCUGAUUCUCAUGAGAAAAUUGCGUUCCGGUCUUUCAAAGAGGGUGAUCUUGCUCUGUUCUUGCCCACGAGGAAUCAAGCUACACGCCCGUGGGCGGCUUUUAAUGUUGGAGCUCCGCAUUACUUUCUCCGCGAACAAGACUCCCACAAACUUCACGGAAGGGAGUGGCUUGUGGCACGUAUCUCCAAGGUGGAAGAGCGUGUUGUGGAUUUGUCGAAGGCUCUGGAAGGAGGUGUGGGCAGAGCAUCAUUGGACGGUCGCUCUAUUGCGUCGAAUAGCGCUCUGUCAUUUGAAGAUGACAAUCCUUUUGAUCUUUCCGAUGGUCUUAGAUGGUACCUGUUGGAUGCCGCGGAAGAGAAACCAGGUGCUCCAGGAACCCCUGGGUUAGGCCGUACGACAGUUGCGAGUAUCACCCGAGUGGAUGGCACGGGAAAGAUGGAACCGACCAAGAAGAAGGCCUCCAAUGACCCAGCCAAGCAACUGGGCAAGAGUCUGGAUAGUCGGAGGAGCAGCGGCACCAGCAGGAAGAGCGUUCCAAUUUUCGGGUCGCGCGGCUCGAACGAAGCAAUCGCUUCCAUUGAGAAUCCAGAAUCCGGGCUGAAUUCAACCGCCGCGACACGAGGAGCCAGUCCGGCAACUGGACCCGGACCGAGCCAUCUGAGAGAGAGUUCGAGCGGUGGUGGGGCAAAUAGCAGGGUCGACCAACUGCUUGAGGGGCAAGAAGAGGUUCGAAAAGACCUUCUUUGGGGACCUUAG